AUGGCUGUGCGCGAUGUCUACUAUCCGCACAUUAUCACCUUCAUAGUUCUCGACUCCAUCGUUGUCGCUCUGCGCGUGUACACGCGCAGAGAUACCAAGUCGCUCGGCAUCGACGAUGCCUUAAUCGUGGUAGCUCUGGUCGGCUUCGUCAUCUUCGGUGCCAUGGAGAUGAGGGCCAUACAUUUUGGGAUUGGCUCCACCACCUUGGAGCCGAUCUCCGACAUGCUAAAAGCCGCCAUGUACUUUACCAUUGCGCAAAUUCUCUACAUUCUGUCCUCCGGUAUCACCAAGCUGGCCGUGGCCGUCGUGCUGUUACGCCUGACGAAGCACUCCGACAUUACAUCCACCAUCGGCAAGGCUGCACUGGCGUUGUCCACUCAGGCUGUCGUCAGUAGCUGGUUCAGUGCCGUCAAGAUCACUACCAUCGUCAUUCUUGGACUGGGAGCCUUGACCUCUGUGGCGACUAUCAUUCGUCUCAAGUACGUUAUCGUCAUACAGCAUAUGCAGGGGAACGACAGCCUCUCUUCGGCUGACCUUAUCAAUACUGACCUCGAGGCUACCAUUUACUCUAUUCUCGAAAUCGCCUUCAGCAUCUUGGCAGCAGCGAUGGCUGCUUUACGGCCGCUUCUCCGCAAGAUUCGCUUCUUUUCUGACCUAAGUACGGGUGGAAAGUCAAACUCCAAGACCUCUGACUCCUACCACCUCCGCACUUUUGGCCAAGGAAGCAGCCGCAACGCUGGUGGGGCCAUCAAACUAGACGACGGCAGUCUUGACGGUGAGAGUCAGCGGGGGAUUGUGACACCAGGGCAGGAGACUGAGGACAGGAAGUUAGCCAGUGCCGGAGUACAUGAAGAGUUGUGA